UGAUUAGAGAGGCAAAAGUCGGUAUAAUUCGCGGCUACAAUUCGAAUCUCCAAAACCCCAAUCGGGCCAUAGUGACAGGUUGUUUCGAAGCUUGCAAAUUAGCAGUGCAAUGAAGAAGAAAGAAACAGCAAGCACCAUAAUUCUUCUUUCAUUUUUACUUUCUCUUCAAGAACUUCUUCAUUUUGCUUUCCCUUUACCUCCUUCACACAACAAUCAGGACGAGGAGCAAUCUGCGACUUUGAGACCUCUUGAGCAAAACGAAGAGCAUGUUGAUGAGGUUCAUUGUUCCAGAGAAAGAAGCAGGAAAGCCUGGAAUAUUAUUGAGGAGCAUUUACUGCCUUUUAUGGAGAUAGAAAAUUAUGAGGUUUCCACCCAGUGUAGGCUUCAUCCAAACAAUGAUCUCUUCAGAGAUCAGGAACAGCACAAGAUUCAUCUUGAUAUAAAUCAUUGGCAAUGUGGAUACUGUCGUAAAAGCUUUCGUGCUGAAAAUUUUCUCGAUAAGCAUUUUGACAACAGACACAGCAAUCUUCUGAAUGUUAGCCACGGGAAGUGCUUGGCUGAUUUAUGUGGGGCAUUACAUUGUGACCUAAAGAUGGAUAUCAAGUCUCGUAAAUCUAAAUGCAAGCCUGCAGCUGCUGCUAGGAACAAGCAUUUAUGUGAGAGUCUUGCUGAUAGCUGUUUUCCAAUUAAUGAGGGACCAUCAGCAAACCGUCUUCAUGAGUUGUUUCUUCACCAAUUCUGUGGAGCUCAUUCUUGCACUGGGAAACAAAAGCCAUUUUCUAGAGGAGCAGCGAGGCAACCAGGCAUAUUCUACAUGGCAUCUUCAAUACUGAUUUUGAUGCUGCUACCAAUUUUCUAUGUCAUUGUCUAUUUACACCGCAGAGAAUCAAGAAAUGGAAUCGAAGUGCUGAAACGAAUCUCAAAAGCUGGGCGUAAAAGCAAACCCUUGUAACUGGUAGCACCUUUUACCCCCGUACCCAUCAAAACUAUUUUAUUACAUUUUUAAUCUCGUCAACUUCAGGGACUUUGUUUAUGUCCGAGUAUAUCAUAGCCAAAUGUCCUUUAGCCAGGGCGUCAUCUAGUUGUAAAUUGGAUAUAUCUUGCCUUAUACUGAUUAAGUUUUUUCCGUCAUUUGUUCA